AUGUGUGAAUGUCCUGCAAAUCACUAUGCGGUAAUAAAACCAACAAUUUCUGAAGAUGAUUUUGCUCUUCGUACAUUUCCUCAUAUAAAAGUACAAUAUAUUCAUAAAAUUACGCAAAUUCCAGAUGCUUUCGAGAUUGUAAAUGUGAACAAUUUGCAUGAAGUCACAGGAUUUGUGCACACCAUCAUAAGUCCGAGAACAUGCGGCAACAACGGGCAGUUCCAAAAAAUGGUCUUUACUCUUAAUAACGAUCAAGGGUCGAUUUUACACAUCACCGUGUGGCAAGAAGAAAUCCCACGAAUAGAAAAAAGCUUAAUUCUAAACAGCAUUGUAAACAUCUCUGGAGCUGAAGUGAGCAAUAUCAAAGCCGGAUAUCAAAACAAAGGAAAUCAACCUUUUCAACUCACUAUCCGAAAAAAUACUAUAGUUACCUGCCUACAAGAAGAAAGACCAAUGCCGCAGAUUCAAAAAGAAGAAGUUCAUAUUGUGAAUUUGGAAAAUAUGAAAAAUGAAGAAGGUCGUUUAAUAGUGGAAGGAUACAUUAAAUCACCAAUACGAUUAUUGAAAUACCGAAUUAAUAAUGAACUUAUUCAUUAUGGCACAGGAUCGCUUACAAAUGGGAAAUUCAAGAUAGAAAUUAGAGUCAAAAACUUUCCGGAAGAUGUUGACGAAUUCAACCAAGGUGACCAUGUAAGAGUAGAAGGAUUAGCAAAAUUCACAAAAGAAGAAAAAGUCGUUUAUGUGGAACUUUGCAGCACAAAAGGAAUUCAAAUUCUAGAUGAAAAAAAGAUGACAUUAGAUGAUAAUUUCGAAGGAUAUAUAGUGAUCCAAAAAGAAACAUGAAGAAGAUUAUUUACUUAAGAUGCAAUAAGUAUUGCAUCUUUUUUUUACAUCAAAACGUAUUUUGUUUAAUUACCGAUUUCACUAAUAAUUUCAACGUUUAGUGUUAUUAAUUUCAAAACAAUCACUAUUAUUGAUAUA